GAAAGUGAGAGAGAUGGAAAUGAAUGGUUCUUCAAAGUUGGGUCAUGUACUCAUGCUUCUUCUUCUUCUUGGCUUCAUCUUUCACCAUACCGAAUCUGAUUUGCCUUCUGAUCAUGAUGAACAAAUCUCAAUAACUGGGAGGAGAAUGAUGAUGCGUUAUUAUAAGCCCAACGCUCAAAUAGAAACACCACCAUCAAGAAGUAGACGAGGUGGUGGUGGUCACUAUAUGGGAGGAGGUUGAUGAGUAUAUAUAAGCCAAAUGGAGAUAUUUUUACAGGACCUUCAAAUAGUGGACAUGGUGGUGGUCACAUUCAUCAACGUUCCUCUCCUUAGUUCUUGGCCAGUAGACAAAGUUAUGUAAUAAUUCACCAAAAUUAAGACAUGUGAAUGUAUAAUUUGCAAUAUAUGUGGUUCAAAGUAAGGGUUUUAAAUUUUUUUAAA